CCUCUUUUAGGGUAAGUUACUCAUAGUCUCCCAAUCUUUAGACAUCAAGGUAGUGGAAAUGGAAGUGCCAAUGGACUGUCCCGGUUGCGAGAACAAAGUUAAGAAAGCUCUUGAAAAGAUUAAGGGAGUCCACGAUGUUCAGAUAGACUCGAAGCAGCAGAAAGUAACGGUGACUGGUUCGGCCGAGCAGAAGAAAGUUCUGAAAGUUGCAAGGAAUGUUACAAAGAGAGAUAUAUGCUUAUGGUCGUACCCUUACAACCCCGAAUCUAAUGGAUAUAACGACAGGUACUUCAAGAAGAAGUUUCGCAAAAGAAUCAACAUGUCGGUGAACGGUGAGAAAGUGAGUUCCUACAACUACCACAAGCAUGGCUACCACGGACACGAGCAUGGAUACUACCAAGAACGGCCUUAUUCAGGUCUUAUCGAUCAGACCGCUAGUUCUAUGUUCAGUGAGGAAAACCCUCAUUUCUGCAGCAUCAUGUGAACGAUCUUCUUACUUCAGCAACUAUGUGGGUGGAACAACUUUUGUUCGGUUUUUAUUUGGUUUUGGUUAUGCUUCAUUGUAUAUAAAUAAUAAAUCAUAGAACCGGAUCGAACCCAAAUAAGGCCGUUCUUUUAUGUUAUAAAAUUGUUUUGGUUUU